AUGUCUUUUCUGCGUAACACGGCAGCGCUCUUUGGAUUCCUCAACCUGUCGGCCAUCGGCGGUGCGACGUUGUACUUGCGUUCACAUCACGUGUACAACCUGGAGGAGCACGAAGCUCGCAUGGACGAAUUAGAGGGCACGCUGCGAGGCCACGUUGGGCUGAUCGAGGAGGCGUUGGACCGGUUGGAAGACAAAGCGACAGAGGCUGAUCGUGGUAAGAAGAUGAACGAGGACUACUCGGACAGAGGCCGUUACAGAGCAAACUAG